UCCAUCUGGCACUUUGUGGCUGUGGGAGUUUGGUCGUGCAUCACCCGAAAUAUGGCAAGCCAGGAUUGAACGGCACCGGCCUGAUAACAUUCACCCGUCUGAUGCAGGGCCUGCAGGAGGAAGAGACCAUCGCCCAAGGGAAGGAGAGGCUGCUGCUCUUGCUGCUGCUGUGCUGCUGCUGCUGCUGCCGUGGGACCACCACCUCCACCACCCUUCCCAGAGGGACUUCUGCCUGGCGGGACCAGGCCCCAGGUACCCAGCCAGCCAGGACUGAUUCUUACCACCUGUCCCUCUUUGGAGGGAUACAUAAGCCGGCUGGCUGAGGUGGCCUGGGAGACCCAGGGCCUGCAGGAGGAAGAGACCAUCGCCCAAGGGAAGGAGAGGCUGCUGCUCUUGCUGCUGCUGUGCUGCUGCUGCUGCUGCUGCUGCCGUGGGACCACCAUCUCCACCACCCUUCCCAGAGGGACUUCUGCCUGGCAGGACCAGGCCCCUGGCCUGAUCCUGAUCGGGGCGUGGACGUUUCUGUUGCUGCCAUUGGGCUGUCCUGGAAUGCGAGACUGAAGUGCUGCUGCUGCCUCUUCUGAGGUGUAUGCCACCGUUGCUGCUGUCAUUAUCACCAGGUUGGGGGUCAUUGCUGUCCAUCGUUCUUGGGCCCCAUUACAUCAGCUACUACGGAUUAUCGGCUGCUGAAGCUCCUCGGAUGCUGCUGUGUUGUCUGAAUGUAUGAGUGGGUUGUAUGAGUGAGUGUGUGAUUUUGUGUAUAUGCCAUGAGUUUUAUUAUUUAUUUUAUUUUUAUCAUGUGCCUGGGCGAGAGGACAGUGUUGUGGGAGGGAGGACCAAAGGGGGCCCCUAUUAGUGUAGUGACGGGUAAUGGGAGGUAUGGCGCUGUGAGUAGGACAUGCCAGUUAAGGGGAACUCGCCCCAGACAACUGGUGGCUGUGACGUGUUCCGGUCCUCCUCACACCCACAGGAUUGCUGGUAGUUCUAUCAGCCAACCCUCGGAUCUCCAGUUGCUGCUUUUUAAUGCCAGAUCGAUAAAUAAUAAAACCUCCCUCAUCCAUGACCUAAUUGUGGAUGAGGCGGCCGAUCUGGCAUGUAUUACCGAGACCUGGGUGAGCGAUCUGGGAGGUAUUAAUCUCUCCCAGUUGUGCCCACCUGGGUAUUCGGUUCAGCAUCUGGGUAGAUCCGAGGGUCGGGGAGGGGGAAUCGCUGUGGUCUAUAGAAGUUCCAUCCCUCUUGUUAGGCACCCUAUCCAGAUGGCUAAUGGUCUAGAGUGUCUGCACAUAACGUUGGGUCAGCGAGACAGACUGGGAAUUCUGUUGGUGUACCGUCCACCCUGCUGCCCAACAGCCUCCCUAACUCAGCUGACAGAGGUGGUCUCGGAUCUAUUGUUGCGUUCCCCCAAACUUUUGGUAUUGGGGGAUCUCAACAUUCAUGCUGAGGCCGCUUUAUCUUUAGCAGCUCAGGACUUCAUGACCUGCAUGACAGCCAUGGGGCUGUCUCAAUUUGUUACUGGCCCUACGCAUGUGUUGGGGCACACUCUGGACUUGAUUUUUGCCACUGGAUUAGGGGAUGGUGAUCUGAGAGUGAGGGAUUUUUCAUCUAUUCCUUUGUCAUGGUCAGAUCACCGCCUAUUAAGGUUUAGACUCACACUGUUUUCUCCCCUCUGCAAGGGUGGAGGACCAAUUAAGAUGGUCCGUCCCCGGAGACUAAUGAAUCCUGAGGGUUUUCUGAUGGCUCUAGGGAAUUUUCCGGCUGAUAGAAUUGACGGUCCUGUUGAAACCAUGGCCAUGCUGUGGAAUACGGAAAUGGCCCGGGCAGUUGACACGAUCGCCCCGGUGCGCCCUCUCCGUUGCAGAGCUCAAUUGGCUCCCUGGUUUACUCCGGAGCUAAGAGUGAUGAAGCAAGAAAGGAGACGGCUUGAGUGCAAAUGGAGGCGAACUCCCGACGGCUGUAAUCAUGCACUUACCUUCCUCAUCAACAUGGGAAGAUUUCCAGUGGGGUUGGGAACGCUGGGGUAG